GAAGGGAAAAAAGAAAGAAAUCCUCUGCGGUGAGCACCGCAGCGUUUAUAUAUCCUUGGAACGUAUAAGCGGGUAUUCACAAACAGAAAUUCCCUCUCUAGCAAGACGAUUUGAUUUCUCCACCUUGGUGAAAGCCUUCAAAUCCUUCAGGAGGCUUUUGCGAAGGUGGGAUUUGACUGGAAGGGUGUUUUUGGAUGUUCAGUUUACGGAGGGUCAAGUUUUUGGUUGAUUAGUGCUUAUGUGGUUGCCUCUAUCUGCAGCUUUUAAUUGAACCGAUCCUCCCCCUUUUUUUUUGUUUCCAAAUAGAAAGAUCAGAUUUUAUGUGAUUCCUCCACUCAUUGUUGGUAAAGGGUCUCAAGAAAAAUCUAGUUUUGAGACCUCUUUGCGGCAGAGGUGGAGGAGUUUCAAUUUUGUAACACUGCAAGAUCUUUAUAAUAAGGUUUUUGUAGGAAGGGAUAGUGUAGAAUAAGAUGGGAGAAGAUACCAAUUCUUGGAUUAGGAGGACAAAGUUUUCACACACGGUGUGCCAUCGUUUGGAUCCCUCUAGAUUAGGUUCUAUUCCUCUUAGCAGCAUUCAGUCAAAGCAAAAAGCAAGUCCUGCCGCACAGGUUCAGAUAAACCCCAUAACCAACAAGCAGAGAUCUUUGUCACCAUUGCCUCAGACUCUUCUUUCUGACGCCUUUAGGGAAGCUAGACAUGAACAGAAGAGGUUCUCCACACCGAAUCCCCGGAGGGAAAAGAGGAUCAUGGGCAAGUUGUUGAACAAGGAUUCUCGGGAGGUUAAGGGAUCACCUCCUCGUAGUCCAAAUAUGCAAGUGAAAUUAAAGAACCGCAAGGAUUCAUCAUGGACUAAGUUUUUGGAUAAUGGUGGAGGAAAGAUUACUGCUGUGGAAACAGCUGAAGAGUGGAAUGUUGACAUGUCUCAGCUGUUUCUUGGCCUAAAGUUUGCUCAUGGGGCUCAUAGUAGGCUUUACCAUGGUGUAUAUAAAGAAGAGGCAGUAGCUGUUAAAAUCAUUAGGGCACCUGAAGAUGAUGAAAGUGGAACUUUGGCUUCUCGGUUAGAGAAACAGUUCAUUAGAGAAGUCACCCUUUUAUCUCGUCUUCACCAUCAAAAUGUUAUAAAGUUCUCAGCAGCAUGCCGAAAACCACCAGUUUAUUGUAUAAUCACGGAAUAUCUGGCAGAAGGUUCCUUGAGGGCAUAUUUGCAUAAGUUGGAGCACCAAACUAUUUCUCUACAAAAGCUUGUAGCUUUUGCACUGGAUAUUGCUCGCGGAAUGGAAUAUAUACAUUCUCAAGGUGUCAUUCAUCGUGACCUGAAACCAGAGAAUGUUCUUCUAGAUGAAGACCAUCACCUUAAAAUUGCUGAUUUUGGUAUUGCGUGUGAGGAAGCAUCCUGUGACUUAUUGGCUGAUGACCCUGGCACCUACCGUUGGAUGGCACCUGAGAUGAUCAAGCGUAAAUCCUAUGGUAGAAAGGUUGAUGUCUACAGUUUUGGGCUUAUGUUAUGGGAAAUGUUGACUGGAACAACACCAUAUGAGGAUAUGAAUCCAAUACAGGCUGCUUUUGCAGUGGUAAAUAAGAAUUCAAAGCCAGUUAUUCCAUCAGACUGUCCACCUGCUAUGAGAGCUCUAAUUGAGCAAUGUUGGUGCUUGCAACCAGACAAGAGGCCUGAGUUCUGGCAGGUUGUUAAGGUAUUGGAGCAAUUUGAAUCUUCACUUGCCCGUGAUGGAACCUUGACUCUGGUGCCAAACCCUAGUUGGGAUCAUAAGAAAGGCUUUCUUCAUUGGAUUCACAAGCUUGGUCCUCUGAAUCAAAAUAGCGGCCCUGUGCCUAAACCCAAAUUCACAUGAAUCUUUCAAGUGUCCUGGCUUUUAUUGUACACCAGGUCCUUUGUAAUUAAAAAUGAAAGGUUUGUUUUGAGAUUCUCUGGUUAGUCCACUUUAUGACAUUCAAGUGAUAGUAAUUGUUAGGCUUGCACAUAAAGGUGAAAGAAUCUCUUUUCUUUUUUCUUUUUUGCCUUGUGUGAAUACACAACUUGAUGUGUAGUUGUAGUUGACAUUUCAUGCCAAAGCAUGAACACGUCUUUCCUUCUUACAAAUGAAUGUUUAUAAUUCUGUUGUGACUUC